AUGGUAUCAUUCAAUAUUGAUUUUGAUGGAUGCAGCACUCAUACUGUCUUGAAAACUUGCUUCACAAUUGAAGAUAUCAAAUGCACAGAUCACAUCUCCACAAUUGAUCAUGAAGAACUGAUUGAACCAUUGCGUGAAUAUUGUAUAUUAGUGAAUAAAAAAAAAAUACACAGUGCUGAUAAAAAAGAAGCAUAUCAAGAUGGUGAAAAUAAUGAUUCCGAAGAAGAAAAAGCUCGUACAUUUAACAAAGUGCGUUUGGUUGCUCAAAAGUAG